AUGGCUCAGAGUUCUACGGAACCAAAGUUUAGUUUGAGACUUAUCAUUGAUGAAGAGAAAAACAAGGUUGUUUUGGCUGAGGCUGGAACAAUCGUCAGAUUGCUUGCAAAGCAUCGAAAGUCUGAUCCAGUUACUAUUGGAUGUCUUAGAAACCUUUAUACAAGUGUUGUGGACAUGGAACUUGAUGAUUUUGAGACUGAUGCUUGUAAGCAGAUGUUGCUUUAUCCCAAGAACAUUAGGGAGGCUCAAUACAGAAACUUUAAGCUCAACAUUGACACUAAUGAAAGCUUAAAGUGUUUUGGUUGCCGAUUUUUCUCAAUCUGCAGAAUGUGCAGUAAUUUCAACACGUCCCUAUGUAAAUGCGGAAAGCUGAUGAAUGAGGAGAUAAGUUUCUUAGAAUAUGAGGAAAAUGAUGUCGAAGGAGUAUUUAUGAGAGACAAGUCGUCAUUUAUCAUAACCGAUGACUUGAGACUCACGGAUGAUUCUACUAGUUCUCUCUUGCAAACACUCAAAGAUCUUGGUUGUGCUGAUGUUAGUAAGCUAAGAGAGCAGGUUCUUGAUAUCGGUCUCAAGGAGGUUAUGACUUUGAUGCAAUGUGUUUUCACCUCAAAUACACCUUUGACGGAUGCUUUCUUGAAGAAUCAAAGUUCAAACACGGUGAGGAAGAUUUAUAGAAAGCUGAGUGAUGAUAAAGGAGAUGAAGCAGAACCAGACAAAGUUAUAACUAUUGAUGCUAUAGUAAGGAAACAGGACAUGAAGAUUUUGUACGUUGAGUGCGGUGAAGACUUUGUUGAUCUUCUUUUCACUUUUCUCGCCAUUCCGUUGGAGUCUAUAUGGGAAAUCUCUGGUAACAGUAUUACAAUAGGUCGCAUUGGGAACUUGUUCAGAAGCUUCAAAGACUUGAGUGAUAAUGAAGUGUUAUCAGCAUCCAAAUGUAUGAUUCCGUAUUAUUAUAGGUGCCAGAAACAGUUGCUCAAAAUAAGAACUCCUACACCACGGGUUUACUUAGGACACUGUUAUUCCAAGACACUGUCUUAUUCUCAAAGCUUUUAUUUGACUACAAAACGUACUACAAAGCGCAUGACUUUUGUGGAUCCAAAAUCUGAUUGUUGUGGUCGGUCAAAAGAUGGUAAGGGGUUUGUGAAGAGAGGGACAAAGUUUAUUGUGUCAGAUGAUCUUAUUGUAACACCUAAGAUUUCUAGCUCAACAUUUUCCGUGUUGAAGAAGUUUCAGAUUCUCACAGAUGAUUUGGAGGUGCAAGCAAUUACCAUCAGCAAUGCAGAUGCUUUGAAUCUGUUGGGAGCUUCAUUGGUGACAUCCUCUGCUUUGAGCUCUGCUUUUGGGAAUUUGAUUGUGAAGAAACCGAAGGAAGAGAAUGUUUCAUGGAACCCGGUUUCAAAGAAACCAAAGGUUGAGACUUGA